AAGAAAAGAAUGCUCAAAUCGGAUAUCGCUCUUAGUACGAAAGUAAUGGACAGGAGGGAUUAUGAAAGGGAUUGCGCUUGUAAUGAUAAGAACACCAUCGGUGAUAUCCGCGAUAAUGAAAUUGAUAACGGUAACGAUACGGACGAGUGUUCAUGUGAUCGAUGUUCAAAAUGGAACAAUCAAACUCAACUGUUCGUGUCGUCAACCGAGAAUACAUACGCUGAGAAAUGUGAUCCAGAUUGGACGGUGCAAUACGGUGAAUAUCCUACGAGUUUGGGUGCUUUAUGCGAGGUCUGUGCAGGACGACCUUUGCUGGAUGGAACUUGUUGUAGACAUAUUGCUCAGGAAACAUCGUCAACACUUGGUUCGUUGGACACUUCGUUUCACUCGUUCGCGGGCAACUGCAGUACGAGGUCGAUCUCGCGAGAGAUCAGCUCGGAACGACUCUGCCGUAUAUGUCACUGCCCGUCCACUCCUGACGAUCAACUCAUAUCACCUUGUCGUUGCUCUGGAACUCUUCAAUUCGUCCAUAUGUCUUGUCUUUUAUGUUUGGGCAUUUUGUCCGCAAAUACAGUUAUUAGCUUUCAGCAUUGGUUAAGUAUAUGUUCGCGAAAGUUGAAACGUCCACCGAUUUGUGAGUUGUGUCUUUACAAGUAUCGUAAACGACGCACAUUCAAGUUGCGUAACAUUCGGUUGCCAUCAAUACCCCGCCGUGAUUUGGGUUACCUGGCGGUGUUCAUUAUUGCUGUCACGUUGAUGUUCAUUUCGGCAGCGAUGUCCUUCGUUUGUUUUUACAUUGAACGCAAAUUUGGAAUUGUGAAAAAGAAUGAAACGUGCGUUUUCAUCGAUUCAUUUAUUCAGUGUCGUGGAUUUUAA